GCCGAGGCGCCAGAACGCCGCCGCACACCGCGGCGACACCGACCACGAGCAGACGAAGAAGUGACAAAAGCUGGUCAGGUGUAAUGGAGAGUGUGCGCGUGUUCCUCUUCCUCUAUGUGUGCCUGUCCCCGUUGACAGUCCUGUGCCGGGGUCAAAGGUCGGCUACCGACACGCAGAUCCCGGCCGCGCCCGACCAAGACAAAAUCUUUCAGCUCACAAAAGAUGACGUGGCGGAGGUGCUGCAGGACUUCCUGGACGAGGCGGAAGGUGGCACGGGCCUGUCGCUGCAGAAGAGGGCCAGCGUCAUCCCUCGGUGCGACGUGGGCGAGCGCUGCGCCAUGAAGCACGGCCCCAGAAUCGGACGACUGUGCGACUGCCUGCGGGGGGCGGCGUGCAACACUUUCUUCCUGCGCUGCUACUGAAGGCCCAAAGGCCCGAAGGCCCACCCGUGAGGAUGCCGGCAUGCUAAUCCAACCACAGCACUUUUAGGACGAUGUUUUGCAACACUCGACACAAAAGUCUUCUGUUGUCCGGCGAACCGUUAAAACAAUGCUGACGGGCGGGGAUGGUCUGAUGCUUUUCUGGCUUGAAUUACAAACUCAAACCAGUUUUGGGUACACCCUUUGUACCGUGUUUGUGCCACCUUCUGUUGAUUAGAAAAGACCAGAAAAAGGCAAGUCCAACUUUUUGGGGUUUCUUCAUUUGCUAGGUUUGGCUGCAUCGCACACAACAACAUCGAAGACCAUGUCCCGUGGCCCUAAAAAAUUUCGACCUCUUGCCACAGCCAAGUAGAAUCAAGAAAAGCAAAGGGUCGCGUUGGAUCGCGUCUUGGCGUCCUCACGGGUGUCGCGCAGCAGGCAGCGGCACCGUUUGCUGCUCGUUUGCUUAUUGCCUGUCAAGUGUCACCUCAUGUUUGUUCAAUAAAUCUCCUUCACAAAGA